GUUCCGCGUGUGCGGUGUGCGGUGUGCGGCUCUGCCUCUGUCUGUCUGUGGUGUUCGUCUCUCUUGCCCCUUCCCUCUUCUGCCUCUCUACUCUGCUGAUCCGUGAAAGUGAGGUGGUUACCAUGUCUGAACAGCCCUCAUUCCUGGCGAGCCUCUUGGCUGGCGGCAUGGCAGGCACAGCUGUGGACGUGGCCUUGUACCCGUUAGACACAAUCAAGACGAGGCUGCAGUCUCCCGAAGGCUUCGUCAAAUCGGGUGGUCUACGCGGGGUGUACAACGGUCUUAGCGCUGCGGCAGUGGGCUCUGCUCCAGGAGCGGCUCUAUUCUUUAGUUCGUACGAGGCUGCCAAGCACGCGCUGGACCCGGACUCUCCGCUAGCACACAUGGCAGCAGCCUCAGUCGCCGAAACGAUGGCGUGUCUCGUGCGAGUACCGACGGAAAACGUCAAGCAGAAGAUGCAGGCGGGGCUGCACGGUACGGCGAUAGAGACCAUGAACGCCAUCUUGAAGAACAGCGGGAUGACGGGGUUCUACACGGGCUACCUCACCACGGUGGUUCGCGAGAUCCCUUUCUCUUUCAUCCAGUUCCCGAUCUACGAAGGGCUUAAGGCGGCCUGGGCGAAGCGGAGAGGUGGCCCGCUGGAGCCGUAUGAGGCGGCGGGGUGUGGGUCUGUGUCGGGGGCUUUCGCAGCGGCGGUCACCACACCCAUGGACGUGGUCAAGACCAGACUCAUGCUCGGGACGGACAAGCAUGGCGAGACCUACCGAGGCCUGGGGGACACGUUUCGACGGGUCUACACGGAAGAGGGGGCGGCGGCUCUAAUGUCCGGGGUGACGCCAAGGGUUACCUGGAUAGGCAUCGGCGGGUUCGUGUUCUUCGGCGUAUACGAGGGCGCCAAGACAUGGCUCAUGGGUUUGGGAGUUUGAAAAGCCUCCUCAGCGAAAUGAUGAGGAGAAGGCUUCAUGCCCAUGCCACACACACAAGAGCCUCAACGGCGGCGCUGGUUCCCGUGGGAACGUUGAAGCUCACGUAACGCGCCAGAAGGCCCUCCCUAAGCACGGAACGUGUGGUUGGGACUGCACAGGGGACUUGAAAAACGGGGAGUUGAGGAUAACGGCAUUGGUGGUGGUCUGCAGAAGGCGGCACAGGGGUCUAGCCGACCUUGUAAUGCCGGGCACCCGGUGCGUUAUUCGGAGUAUUGAAGACAGGUUGAAUAUUUCGUCCGUGUUGCGCGAUUUCACCCGCCUUAUACAGGGCGUCCGUUCUUAUUUUGGCGGUCCCAUACACAGGGGCCACUACUGUACCCAUGGGGCAUUUGAAACCCGGCGGCUUCUUGCACAAGUCGAGGGUAUUGACUGCGACCGCACGGGUUGGUACACCUUCCCUCAUGGGAUGUCGCGUGCGCGUUGAAACACUUUUUUGGUGCGGUUGGUACUUGCCAUGGGCGCGUGUUUCGACGAAGAAGUCGUCUUGCCACGUCAACCUACCCGCACGUGGGUCUCUGGUUUAUUCUGUCGUACUGCAAGCGUUUUGCGGCGACAUACCACCGCCUGCCGGGAGGACGCUUUCCGACACGAUUUCCGACAGCGGAGGUUGCCACCGUUGGUUGAUGUCUGUACAGGAGUCGUUGCGUGGAAACGUCAGACUAGCAUGUACAUGGUGGAAGAGAACGGGAUCAGUAAGGUGUGUUUUGUUUACUAUUCCUCCCCCAGGCUUGACGGAAUGGGAUGCAAAUUGUUUUUCGGAAUAAUUAUGGGCUCAAUCAAUUGGCUCAAUAAAGGGUUGCGUUUGGCGGGAGAAGAAGCUGUUCUGCACGGCGAUGGGGUCUCGGCCCGCGUAGCACGUUGAAGGUCAAUUAUAUAAUUUUUCCCCUACAAAUCAGUGUCCGGUGUGUUGCGAUAUGGUAUGAGCCCUUGUACCACCGAGGUCGUCUGUGGUUUUCGUUCGCGAUGCAGAACGCGCCACCUGCAGCUGUAGCUGAGAGGGUUUUAUUUUUUUCAAGAGUAAAAGGACUUGGAACUGGGCCGAUCCUAAAACCUGUAUAUCUCUGUUGGGUGUCCUCACAGAGGAGCGACUGCUGCCCUAAACAACAGGUCUUGGAUGUAGACUAGGCGCCUUAGGGCGAUGUUUGGAAACGGUGUGGAUUUUAACGAUUGCAAGCGGGUGGCGGUGGCACCUUUCCACGUGACGAACAAUGAGUAUUUAUUGUAGCGAUGGUGCCAAAACUGCACGUCGUUUGUGUGCGUUCAAACCAGCGCGUAGGACAAAAGUUUUGGAAUGUUAUGUUGUAGUAGGCGGGAGGCUUGUCCUACGCCAGGUAGGUUUGACGGUAGCUCGAGCACGGUGUGGACCAGGCAUCAGCAACAGAAGUCUCUCUCGGUGAGAGACCAAAGGUUCUCGUGGUGAAUUUUGCCUGGCUAAUGCAGUAAUUGAUCCCUUCUCAAGCCUUUUACACAACUCUAGCGAUAGACGAGACGUGUGUUUCUUGUGUAAGAAAUAAAUGGAAUUCGAUCCGGGCGGGUGACCGUUUCACAUGGUCGUACGUGUUUGUGCCAGGUCCAACCUGUUGCAAACGCGACCUUCCCUUGUACCGGGCGGUGCUUGUUGGAAUUGGGAGUAGGUCGGCAGGCGAUUCAAGCUCCUCUCUUUUCUUACCGCAGAAUUUACUACUGCGAAUCGCGUUCGCUUGAUGGUACCCCUGGUUGUCGCUGAGAACAUCACUCCAUUUGCAGUUUUCAUCGAUGGAAGACCUUGGGUAGUUUAGCGUGCUUGGUGCCGCUGAACACGUACAUUGAUGCUGGUGUCGAACCAAGAAUUUGUGUAAGCUGUCACUUCCUUUACUUCACUUUUUUAGUGCGGUGUAUAUUUUCUUUUAGUUUUCAGUUGACUUCUGAUGGAAUGGUAUGUUUUAUGCAUCCAUACCCGGUUGUCGUGUGUGUGGAUGGUUUCUUUUUCGAAGCAUAGUGUUGGGUAGGUAGCUGUAGGUGAACACCCUCUUCCGUUUUCGUGCUGGGAAGCACGGCAGACCGGAUGGAAGGGUACGUGUGUGUUUCUGUAAUAUUUUUGGUCAGCGUCGGCCGCACGAACCGGCUGACCAAUGAAUGUACGGGAAAGGAGGUCUAUUCAGCGAGCGGGAGCCUUCGUAGUCACCUCCUGCAACAUAACGAAAAUUC